AUGUACUCAUGGCCUCAUAGGUGUACGGGUCUUAAGACUGCAAGGAAGAAAUUUGAGAGAAUAUUGUGUCCACAUGCUUUCUCGAGUUGCAGCAGGCCAGCAGCCACCGAGGACUGGUCGGUGAAGGUGAACGUUCCUAUGACCAAGAAGACCUACUGCAAGAACAAGGAGUGCAGGAAGCACACUCUCCAAAAGGUUACUCAGUACAAGAAGGGUAAGGAUAGCCUGUCUGCUCAGGGAAAGCGCCGUUAUGACCGCAAGCAGUCAGGAUAUGGUGGUCAGACCAAGCCCGUCUUCCACAAGAAGGCCAAGACCACCAAGAAGAUUGUGCUGAAGCUGCAGUGCCAGAGCUGCAAGCACUACUCGCAGCACCCGAUCAAGGCACUGUCUCAUUUCUCUUGGGCUGAACAUGUUGUUGAACCAAGUAUUUCUGUCUGUGUUUGCUCACUCUUUUCUGCUUUCUUUGUCACAGAGAUGCAAGCAUUUUGA